GGUGCAACUAUAAAAGCUUGGACUGCAGUGUCAAACCAUUGCAGAUACCGUUGUUAGCGCUUUUAACGAGGACGUUUUUCUUAAAAAAAAACUCUUCGGCCGGAAACGAAAACAAAAUAAAAUAAACCCCCUCAAAUUCGAAUAACAAGAAAAACGCGUUUUGUGUAAUAGACCAAUUUACAUUCCGCUGCUGCUGUUUUUGUUGUUGUUGUGCAAAGAGUAUUAACCUUAUAAAGGAUUUGAGACAUAACUAGUUCAGUGAAAUAUCUCAAAAGUCAUAAAUUAAUCCAAAUUUUAAAAACAAAAAACAGAUAUGCGUACAUUUGUGAUAAUUGCUACUCUGGCCUUUGUGCUGGGCCAUGUUGGCGCCCAACAGCAUCAACAAAUCGAUCCUGCCUAUUUGCGUCAAUACUAUCAGCAGUUGCAGCAACAAACAGGAGCUGCUGGUGAUGCAACACCAAUUUACGAACAAAAUUCGGAACAAUCCCAGCAAUACAUAACUCCCGGCCAGCAGUUGCGUGUCAAGGAUAAUGUGCAAGAACAAGUACGCGCCUCCCAACAACAACAUCAGCAACAACAGGGGGGUUAUGUUGCUCCUGCCGUCAGAGAAUACUUGCAACAUCAGCCACAGCCUCAACAGAUCCAAUACCAAGCUCCACAACAGGUCUAUCGUCAACCCCAAGCCGUUGCUCCCGCACCCAGAAGGCCACAGGCUGUGCCCCAGCAAUAUCAGGCACCCAGACCCAAGGGCAAGGGCCAAAUCGAAGAAGAAGAGGAAUAUGAGGAUCAAAACUCUUCCUACCAAUUCGGUUUCGAUGUCAAGGAUGAUGAAUUCACAAACUAUCAAAAUCGCAAAGAGGUGCGCGAUGGCGGUGUAAUCAAGGGCAGUUACUCCGUAGUCGAUUCGGAUGGUUUCAUUCGUACCGUCAAGUAUACCGCCGAUCCCAAAGAAGGUUUCAAGGCUGAGGUUAUUCGUGAACCCACAGAUAUUGUUGUGAAAAUUCCCACUCCCCCACCACCACAACAACACCAGGGACUGCUGCGUCCCCAUGCCCAGUCGGUUAAGGCUCAGGACUAUAACUUGAAACAACAAUACCAGCCACAAUAUCAACAUUAAAUGGAGAGAAUCUACUAAAAUCCAUACUUCGUUCUAAAAAUUAGUAAAAGAAAAAAACAAAAACUUAUCGAACGAAUUUAGUUAGGAGCUGUUGGAAGGAGUUCCUAGAAAACUUAUAUUGUAUUUCAACAAUACUAUCAUAUUUUAUUUUUUUUUUAUUUAUUAGAAAUGUUUUAAUUGAUUGUUUUUAUAUAAAUUGUAUGUACCAUAUCAUCAUUUGUCUUCUGGAAACAUUUAUGUCAACUACAUUGUCAUUUAAUAUUUUUUUUAUUAUUUAAAUAAAAGCACUGACACAUCAACCAGCGUUGGCAGGUUGUGUGUCAGUGCUUUUGUGUUCAUAUUCAUAACUAUUUUUGUGUUUUUUUUUAUUUCAAUACUCAAAUUAUAAUUUUAAUAAACAAACGAAUUUCACAUAAUACCAUAA